CACACCCCCUUUUUCUCUGCAGCUCUGCUCUGUCCGGGUCAGUCUUAGUUGAUCUGCUUUGGCUGGUUGUGUUUCCUCGUUGCAUUCCUCCUCCUGUGGCACUGAAAAGAAAAAGCCAUGUAUCUGUGCAGGGCGGCUUUGCAGAGAUUUUCUCCUCUGGCCAGACACUCCAUCACACACCGUGCAAUCCUGCACAGAGAUGUCGUUCCUCGGAGGCUCAUGUCAUCGGUUCCUGGUGGCUCAGGAGAGAACCUGGUUUACGUAGUACUGUGUGGUGGAGCUUUAGCUGCUGCCGGGACUUACGCAUACAGGACGAUAUCUACAGACAGCACUCGUUUUACCGACCGCAUUACAGAGAUCGGGGCACGGCCCAAGAACGAGUGGAAGCCCAAACCAUGGCCGCCGAAGAAUGCUGAGGAAGCAGAGGAGGUCGCAGAGGAAGCUGAGGAAGUCGUCGAGGUAGCAGCCGAGGCUCCAGCUGAGGCAGACGCAGAAGAGGCAGCACCGGCGCCUGUAGAGCUCGUCGCUGAAGCUAAAAAGGAGGAACCGGCCUCUGUGGUGGAGACGGCUGCCGAGGUGGUUGCCGAGGCGGCAGAGGUGGUUGCCGAGGUGGCCGCCGUCGUCGAGGUGACAGCCGAAGAGGUGGCGGCAGUGGCUCACGAGGUGGAGAAGAUAGCGGAGGAGGUGGAGGCUGCAGCCAAGGAGCUGGAAACUCCCGCACUUCCUGUCGUGGAGGAAGCAGCCUCUGAGAGCAACGUGACCCAGGAUCAUACAGAAUUAGCUGCUGCUUCAAUUGUGGAUAAGACAGUGGUGGUUCCUGUCACAGAGACUACAGCUGAAGUUGAGCUAGAAAAGCCAGUGGAAGCCGUUGUUGCACCUGUUGCUGAAGAAGCACCAUUUGCCCUUGUAGUAGAAGAGACACCAGUAGUUGAGGAGGUACCAGCUGCACCAGCAGUUGAGGAAGCUGCUGUUGCUCCAGUAGUUGAGGAGGUACCAGCUGCACCAGCAGUUGAGGAAGCUGCUGUUGCCCCUGUAGUUGAGGAGGUACCAGUUGCACCAGCAGUUGAGGAAGCUGCUGUUGCCCCAGUACUUGAGGAGGUACCAGUUGCACCAGAAGUAGAGGAAUCCACUGUUUCCCCAAUAGCUGAGGAGGUACCAGCUGCACCAGCAGUUGAGGAAGCUGCUGUUGCCUCAGUAAUUGAGGAGGUACCACUUACCCCUGCGGUAGAGGAACCUGCCGUUGCCCCAGAGGUUGAGGAGGUGCCAGUUGUCUCAGCAGUACCGGAAGCUGCUGAUGCUCCAGUAGUUGAGGAGGCACCAGUUACCCAAGCAGUAGAGGAAGCCCCUGUUGCCCCAGUUGUUGAAGAGGUACCAGUUGCAGAGGAAGCAACAUCAGUUGUCACAGUUGCAACUGAAGAGGUACCAGUCCCCUCAGUAACAGAGGUUGUGGUAAUGGCCUCAGAACUUCCAGCUGUCCCAGAAGCUACUGAGGUCCCAGUGGUCACAGAAAGUUCAGAAGUGGUUGCAGAAAGUUUUGUUGAAGAUGCAGCAAGUCCGAUUGUGGCAGCAAGUGAGGGUGAGCUCUCAGUAGAAGGUCAGGUGGUGGAAGAGGUGACUACUUCAGCUGAAACCACAGCACCCCCUGCUGCUCUGGAGGAGCCAGAGUCUAAGCAUGAAUAUGUGGUAGUCGUGUUGGAGGGAGCCCCCAAAACAGACAAGAAGCUUAAGGUUCUUGGCGUUUCCCCUAUGAGUGGUAGGAUCAUCCCAGCUCCAGAGGAUGAGGAGCCAGCAGAACAGGUAUCAGGGCAAGCGCCGCCUGCUUAAGAUGCAGAUGCUCUGAUAUGAGGGUUACUAAGAAGUCCUGUUAUAGUUCAUCUGUUCCUUGAUGAAGAUUAAGAGAUGUGCCUUCCUCCAUUUUAACCCCCAUCUGUCAUUCAGACCUUACUUUCAGUUCGGAUGGAUUCACCUGCAUGGAUUUGGCCCUGACAGACACAUCAGAACCUCUUCAUAUGAUACAACUUUAUUCUGUUUGCUUACACAGACCAUUUCAUGAGCCGUUACUGAAACACGUUUACUUCUAUACAUACACUACUUACAAUACACAGUAGAGCACAGGUUUCCAGCCCUGGUCCUGGAGGACGUCCUGUCCUGCUCACAUCUGAUUCAACUAAUCAGCUAAUUAACAGCCCUUCCUGAGUUGUGUGUACGUGUGUGUGUGUGUGUGUGUGUGUGUGUGUGUGUGUGUUAGAGCAGGGAAAACAUUACGGUGUGAAGGACCAGGGUUAAGAACCUGCAAUAGAAGAUAGAUGUUUGAUAUUUAUCCUCUUACCUUUUAUUUCAUCAGUUUUCACACGGUGUAACUUUAUAACUCCUGGAUAAACAUGGCUUUCUUGAUACGUACGAUGUGAGACGCUGUAAAGGAUCAAGUACUUGUAGCUUAUUCUCAAGUUCUUCAGGUCUUUUCCUAACCACUGCAUUGUGGAUGGAGUUUUCUACCUCAAGCCUCACUAAAGCUAGCUGUUGCCAUGGUAACGUUUUCAAGCCAAGCCACGAGCACGCUUAUAACUUUCAAACAUAAUCUUUGGCAGCUAUCUUCUAUAUCAAUCAAAGAUUUUCCUUAAUCCUCAGGUCCUGAUUUUUAUAUGAAACUCAUCCUUUAGAGUAUUAAGGAAAUGUGUGAGCGUGGCUGGAAUUGGAGACUGAUCCUUACCGGCAUUUGUGCAUUACGACUCAUUUCUACCUCACCUCAAAGGAAACCUCCACCCUGAAACACAUUAAAUAUGUUUUCAUUAAAAGAUUUUGGGAUAUGUUAAGCAUUUCUGGUUCUGAUUUAUUGGUUGGUGCUGUUUUUUUUUCGUUAUCCUUGACUGUGUGUCGCUCUGACGUCACAAUACGAAAUAACAAUAACAGUACGAGAAAAAAUUUCAGCAAAGUGAUAACUGUCAUGUUUCACUGUUAGCUCCGAAAAACAACAGAGAAAGAGCUUCUUUUCUCACUCAUCAUUUUCCAGCCAUGUGCAACGUCAUAUUAAUGACAAAUCCAACACAGAGUCGUUAAUCCCAGAGUGCAGUGUAGCUAUAAUACGACGCAGUGACACUGAGUUACGGCUCGGCUAGUGAGCAGUCAACGAGAUGACGAGUACUAGCAUAAAAACUGAAACUUUGGAAGCUGAUCUGUUUGAGCAGAGUGUACAGACGAGGAGGUGAGAGAGCCGGACAGACUGAAGGACUCAAGUGCCGCUGCAUCGCUCUCUUUAAAUAGAGAUGAAGCGAGGGCUGAAUCCCAUUGCCACCACUAUCAGUGGGUAGACAUAUGGCAUUGUGGGUAAUGUAGGAAACUGUGAAGUGGAAAUAGACCAACGUGUCAGUGAACGAAGUUUGAACUAAAAAAAAAAAGUCAAUUCAGAAUUUUAUUACAAAAUAAACCUUGGAUGAUGUUGAAGAUCACAUAAUUAUUAAAGAUUAAUAUGCAGCUCGUUCAGGGUGGAGUUUUCCUUCAGUCCUUCACUUCUACAAGUUUCUCCUAAGUACAAAACUACUUUUAAUAUUCCUUUUUUGCAACCAGCAGAACUCUCCUCUGUACUACAUGAACAUAAUCUGUGACGUUUCCUCUGUUUUUGUAUUUUUAUAGUAUGGACUGAGCUUGUAUUAUCUACAAAUGUGAAUCUCCAAUCUGUGAAAAUCCUCCCAGGAAUACAAAAUCAUUAUUUUUUACUAUUUUACACAGAAGUCUAGCUGACUAAGUAUGUGGCUAAGUGGCUACAUGUGGGUUUAUUCCUCAUUUACCAAGGCUUCAGCUUUACAGAGUUAUGGAUAUGAGAUUUUAUAGGUAGUUCAUUCAUAAUAAAGUCUGUCAUAGCCAAAUUACAGCUGUUUAAAGACUUGUAGUAAAGCGUUUUCAUUUGUUUAAUUAGGUUUUUUUUAUUUCCGUAUCUGUUUAAAAAGGGGCUAGUAAACUGAAAGUAACCUUUACUUAUGCAGAGGGAGGUUUUUUUCAGUGUUUUUCACAUAAGAUAGUUUUUUUUUUCAUCUUUGAGGGAUAUGUUGUGUAGCAUGUGUGCAUCAGUGGUGAUUAUUUGUAAAUGUGACAUUUACCUGUUGUCAGAAAUAAAAAAGGAAACCCAAAAUUGUGGUGUUAAUAUA